AUGUGGCCUUCUUUAAUAACCAAAGCUAAGGUUGGAGGCAUAGAUGUUAUACAAACCUAUGUAUUUUGGAACCUGCACGAACCACAAGAAGGGCAGUUUUAUUUCAGUGGAAGAGCGGACAUAGUAAGGUUCGUGAAGGAAAUCCAAGCCCAAGGCCUAUAUGCUUGCCUUAGAAUUGGGCCCUUUAUUGAGAGCGAGUGGACUUACGGGGGACUCCCAUUUUGGUUGCAUGACAUCCCAGGCAUCGUUUUCCGAUCUGAUAACCAGCCUUUCAAGUAUCACAUGAAAAGGUUUGUAUCCAGAAUAGUAGACAUGAUGAAAUCAGAGAACCUAUAUGCUUCUCAAGGAGGGCCAAUCAUACUAUCACAGGUUGAGAAUGAGUACAAAAAUGUUGAAGCAGCUUUUCACGAGAAAGGGCCAGGUUAUGUUCGUUGGGCUGCAGCAAUGGCCGUAAGUCUUCAAACUGGAGUGCCUUGGGUGAUGUGUAAGCAAGAUGAUGCUCCUGACCCAGUGAUCAAUUCAUGCAAUGGGAUGCGAUGUGGAGAAACAUUUGCAGGACCAAACUCACCAAAUAAGCCAUCAAUAUGGACAGAGGAUUGGACAAGAAAUUCAGGAGAAUGUGCUGCGUUUCUAGUGAACAAUGAUAAGAAACAAGAAGUAGAAGUCCUCUUUCAAAGCAAUUCAUACAAGUUGCCUCAAAAGUCUAUAAGCAUUCUACCAGACUGCAAGACAGUGACCUUUAAUACAGAAAAAGUAAAUGCACAAUAUACUACGAGAUCAAUGAAAACAAACCAAAAGUUCAACUCAGUUGCGAAAUGGGAAGAGUAUAAUGAACCUAUCCCAGAAUUCGACAAAACAUCUUUGAGAGAAAAUAGAUUGUUAGAGCACAUGAGUACCACAAAAGAUACAUCUGACUACCUUUGGUACACUUUCAGGUUUCAACAGAAUCUCCCCAAUGCACAGUCUGUACUUAAUGCCCAGUCACGUGGACAUGUUUUGCAUGCAUAUGUCAAUGGAGUACAUGCUGGCUUUGGUCAUGGAAGUCAUCGGAAUACAAGUUUCAAUCUGCAGACUACAGUUCAUCUUAAAAAUGGGACAAAUAAUGUUGCCUUGCUUAGUGCAACAGUUGGAUUACCGGAUUCAGGAGCAUAUCUUGAGCGCAAGGUUGCUGGAUUACGUAGAGUAAGGAUUCAAAACAAGGAUUUCACAACUUACACAUGGGGAUAUCAGGUUGGGCUGUUAGGAGAGAGGUUACAAAUUUACACAGAGCAUGGAUUUAACAGAGUUAAGUGGAACAAGUUUGGAACCUAUCGACCACUCAUGUGGUACAAGACUCUCUUUAAUGCACCAGCAGGAAAUGAUCCAGUGGCACUGAACCUUGGUUCCAUGGGAAAGGGUGAGGCUUGGGUUAAUGGCCAAAGCAUUGGCCGAUAUUGGGUAUCAUUCCAUACUACCCAAGGAAGUCCUUCACAAACAUGGUACAAUGUCCCUCGAUCUUUCCUCAAACCAACUGGCAACCUACUAGUUCUACUGGAAGAAGAAAGAGGAUACCCUCCAGGGAUUACUGUGGACACUGUUUCAGUUACAAAAGUAUGUGGCUAUGCAUCCGAAUCGCACUUGGCUGCAGUACAUCUUAGUUGUCCUCCAAGAAGAAACAUUUCUAGGAUCGUUUUUGCAAGCUUUGGAACCCCCUCUGGUGAUUGUGAAAGUUACGCUAUUGGGAACUGCCACUCAUCUAGAUCUAGAGCCAAUGUAGAAAAGGCUUGUAUAGGGAAGAGAAGCUGUUCCAUCCCUCAAUCGAAUCAAUUUUUUGGUGGCGACCCAUGUCCAGGCAUUCCUAAAGUUCUGCUGGUUGAAGCCAAAUGCAGAUGA